GGAAAAUAAAAUCUAGUUUAGUUAUUUUAUGUUCCUGUGCACCGUCAUUUGGCGGUUGAAUAUCCUGGACCGCGUGACUGUUACGCAUUUAGUAGUAGUGGAAUGACUGAGUUUACGUAACAUUUGUGUUUUAUGUUGUUAUCAUAAGACGGAGACCUGGUCACUAUUAUCAUUCGACUUCGACAGCAUUGACUCGAUACGGCAGAGAUAGAUGAACGGUAAGAUAGGCAUAGAUACAGUUGUGCGUUCGGCUCGACCAAUACUCCAGGCCACCGUAUGUCGAAAAAGACUUGUCGAAAUAGUCUGUACGGCACAGCUGAGGAACGCAACACAGAAAAGACGCUUCUAAGCUACGUAUAGAGCUGUCAAGUGCGUGUCGUUGGUUGCUGUUUCGCGUUCUGCGCUCAAAUUGCCGGUUGUUGCACACUUUUUGACCUAAUCAUUGGCAUUGUGCGCAUUUUCGUAGUGUGCGACAGUCGAGACAAGUGUUUAUUGCUGUGAUUGUGUUUAAGUGUUUGUCAUUGUGAAAGUUUUGGAGGUACUCGAUUUGUGAAUUACGCUUUCCCAUCCGGCAUUGGUAGUUAUAAAAUAUUCAUCUACUUGUAACUACUGCUGAUCAAAGAAAAACCAUAUAUCUGGAGAAGAAAGUUUCCUACUCUCAGGUAGUGCGUUUCGUGGUAUUUGUCGUAGCUUCAUUCUUCAUCAUGCUAGUAAAUGCUAUAGGAGCCGACCAUCUAAGCGGCAUCGAAGAGGAGACCGACAUCUACGAAGCGUUUGCUCCUCACGUCGAUACAACUAAUAUUUCUAUUUUAGACUUUGUUCACGUACCUGGAAAGACUUCCGGGAAAAGGCCAAGUUUAAAAAGUUUUCAAGACGUACAAGGUUUGAUUCAGCAAGGAAAAAAACGGGAAACGAAGAUAGUGCUAAGAGAAAAUUCAUGGUCGACCAAUUCACCGAUUCGUUCACAACUAUGGCCGGCGUUGUGUGCUCAGCAUCACGUUGGCAAAACUAUGUUGGACGGGUUCUACUGGGACAUGGUCAACCAGGUUUUCGGAACGACCGAGUUACCUGACAAACCGAUCAUGCUGCCACCGUUUGUUGAUUCCACGCACUGUCUACCGUAUCACCUAACACGGAAAGGUCGUGCAGUGGCUGAUCGAGUUGUUAGCGUCCUUGGUUAUGCUUGCCCGGACAUUACGUAUAGUCCAACGCUCUACCCCAUCACUUCCAUAUUAUUACAUUUCAUGUCGGAAGAAGAAUGUUACCACUGUAUGGCGAGUCUGGUUGCACCCAAAGAAAAAGUUUUCAUUACGCAAACGAAGUUGUUGUACGAAGUGACUUGGAAAACUGUGAUGCAAGUUGCCAAAAAACAUGCGAAAUCCUCCGUAAAUUAUUUGUCAAGCUUAUGCAACGGUAAAAAACCAGAAUCCAUUUUCAUGGACUGGUGCUGGUGGAUCCUUGGUGGUUUACCAUUUCCACACCUUGUGCGAGUGAUGGAUUGUUUUUUCCAUGAAGGAAUUAAAGUAUUUUAUCGUGUUUCACUGGCAAUUCUAAUUCUGUUUCACAAGCAUGCUACUGCGAGCAAUUCAGAAUUGGAUGCCGAUACGAUUAAAAAUGACAUCGAUAAUGCCCUUCCAAAGUUUUGCAAAAAUAUACCUGUUUCACCUACGAAAUUGUUGCGAACGGCAUUUAGUAUAAGGGCACUUAGUUCUACCUACAUAUCUAGAGUUUUCUUAAAGACUGAAAUGCUGUUAAAAAGUAAGUCAUUACUCAGUGGUACUAAGCAAUUGGUAAGAUCACGUUCUAGCGAUAAUUUGCCAACGAGUCAAUCACAGAUCAAUGUACAAAUGAUGUCGCACACCUUAACAAUUAGAGAGGGUGCCCACUCACCUGAUGUGCGAGUGUUAUCCAUGGGAGUUUUUCCUAUUCAAGCAAUAAAAACUAAAGUGUGUGAUCAGGACACUCUCUUUACGCUUUGGUCUUGGCUGCCAGUAAGAAUUACGAUGUAUCAGCCAGUGUUAUUGUACACAACAGAAGAACAUGGAUGUUCCUUGACGACGUUCUAUGUUCGAGUAGAACAACACGAACCCACUCUUCUAAUGAUCAAAACCUGCAAUAACGAGGUAUUUGGUGCUUAUUGUUCUUCGCGCUGGUAUGAGCGAAACCUGAAAGAUGACCGUGGACAGCGACAAGCAUACUUUGGGACAGGAGAAACUUUUCUUUUUUCACUUUAUCCAGAGCGUGCAAAGUAUCCUUGGGUGGGUAUUGAAGGUGACACAGGCCUGGGUCAUGCGUCAGAACUCUUCAUGGCAGCCGACUCUAAGAUGAUAACUAUAGGAGGAGGCGAGGGUCAAGCUAUUUGGAUGGAUGAAAAUAUACGGUUCGGGAAAACCGAUCGCUGUCAAACUUUCAAUAACCCUCCGCUUUGCGCUUCCGGUGAUUUUGAGAUUCGCGUACUCGAAGUGUACGGUUUUGUAGGAGCGUAAAUAUUUGAUAUAAGAAAUGGCGUCAGUGCAAAUCAUAUUACAAUGGUCCGAUACGAAAAUAUUCAAAUAACCUGUCAAAUAUUUACCACCUCCGUAUGUUGCUUCAAAGCAAAGGUAGAUAAUAUAACUGUGUUCGAUUUGAUAUUUAAAGCUUGUGACCAAAGCAAUGUCAGGGUUGACAAGUUAACCAUUUGCUGAUAAAGUAGAGAUAAACAACCAGAACAAUUUCUUGGUUUGGUGAAGUAACACGUUCCUUGAAAUAAAUUCUGGGCAGUUUUCAGAUAAAUGGUAAUGCUUGGAUGUUUAUGAACCUUUAAUUCAUUAUUUAUCCGGUUAAACCAUAAUUAUGUCACAAAUUGAAGUUGUUCAUUUCCAUUGUUCACUCAUUGUUCUGUGAAAGAAUAUUUGUAUUCUAAAUUAUUCAUCGAAACAACUGUUAGUAUGUUAUUUCGUUUAAUACAUUAGUAUGUCCCUUUAUAAUGGAUAUGCUAGUUGAUUAAUUCUUUAUUCAAGAAUAAUAAAGCAAAUAAACUGCGUUUCGUCAGGUGUUAAAGCACUUAAUCAGAUAAAUGAAACUUAAUUUAUGCGAUGCAACGAAAUACACUAGCCUUAAAGUGAAUAAAAUGGCAUACCUAUAUUUAAGAUUGUUCUUACAAAUUCUGCCCACAUGCCAUACUGAAUGAAUUAUCGAACAAACCGAUAGCUGAUGAUGCAACGAGAUGUUUUCAACUGAGUAACCAAACUCGAGAGAUUGUUGUAAAAUCUCAUACUCAUGUAAUAUUAAAUUUUUAUGUUAAGUCAUUUUUAAAAUAAAUUUCCAUAUCGUACAACGUGUAUCCAUUGUGAACUUGUGAAGCGUAAAACCAUAACAAAACUCUUCUUCAAACCUUUCAUCUAAUAAUACUUUUCUUUCGAGGUGAUCAAACAUUCAUUCAAGAAUUCAAGAGUUUGUAUUUUAAAUAAGUUGAACCGUUUUCUAAAGGGCACGUCGUAAUAUUUAUUGAUAUUAUUGUAAAGUUCAAUCACUUAUGAUCAAGCAUUGUAUGACGCUCACUACAUGUCUAAAAAACUCUUUGUGGCAUCUAAUAUCACUGCAAAAAAUGUACAUUUUCCCAGCAGCAUGCAACGACAUAGAACUACAGCAGAAAUAAAUAUCAAUACCAAUUGUAUUCACUAACAUAACUAAACGUAAAAUUUCACUAGAAAAAUAUACCUUCGUAUCGUUAUGUUUGGUUACGUAUGCUACACAAUGAUUUUUACUGAGACCAAGAUAAGGGUAGUUCGCAGAAAUAGCAUUUUGUAUGGGUCAUAAAUAUGUUGAAAAAUGUAGGGAAUUGUUUCAAUGUAUAUAAUAAAUUCAUCUAUGCUUUCAUUUAUUGUAUGUUACACACAGCUAUGAGCGCUAUUUGAAAUCCAUUGUCAGUCGAAUCAUAUAAAUUUAGUACGCGAAAGACGCAUGUCAAUAAAUGAUAUCUACCAAAAUUCGGAAUGAGACAUUAGUGGUCUUGAAUAAGUUCUGAACUGCAAAUUCACCAAAAUGAAAUGAGAUGAGAUGAGAUCAUAAAUCUAGCAGCACUGAUGAAUGUAUCUAUGGUGUUUCGCUAAUGUUAGCAACAAUAAUACCAUUUCUUGAUGGCAAAAUGCAAAUCGUUAUAUUUUUGCUUAUAGCUUCUAAACCAAAACGAUCAAACGAUAAAAAAAGAUAAGCGAAUAAGAAAAAUUGAAGAUUAUAAGGAAAACAAAGAGCAUAAGGAAUUGGCAGCAAAAUAGGGUAAAACGCACGGCUACCAUAUUUAUUGUUUCAAUUUUUCCGAAUGCUUAACGGUUGGCUCAAUAGAAUCAUCGUUCAACAGAUAACAAUAUUUAAGAUACGGCAACGAAUCGUCAUAAGACUAAUCCUAGAGACAGUUUGAUAAAAUCACAAUUUGUUUGCUUUAUAAUGACUGUCAAAGCCAUUUUUAUUCCUAAUGAAAGCAUCAUCAGGGUCUUCUUGGAAAGCUGUUUCUGUUAACUGAUAAGAUGUGCAGACAUUUUUUUAAAUUAAAGAUAAUUGUGAUGAUAUACUAUGUUUUGCAGAUUUAUAAUAUUUGGUGACCGAUAAUUAUAGCUAAAGCAACUGUUAUUAUUUUGUUAUUGUAAAAGAUAUAAAUCGUUUUUCGAAAACAUUAUUUAUUGGAGCUUUGGCUUUUGAAUUUACACUGUGCAUAUGGCAUGGAAUAAUAAAAACAU